AUGGUGAAUACUCAAACAUAUACGGAAAGAGCAUCGUCGCAUCCAUCUGCUGUAGCUCAACGGUUACUCAAGCUUAUGGAUGAGAAGAAGUCCAAUUUGUGUGCUUCUGUUGAUGUCAAAACCACUAGCGAAUUGUUAGCAUUGAUUGAAAAGUUAGGUCCAUACAUUUGUUUAGUCAAGACUCACAUAGAUAUCAUAGAUGACUUUACAUAUGAAGGAACAGUUGUUCCCUUACUUGCAUUGGCCAAAAAACAUAACUUUAUGAUCUUUGAAGACCGGAAGUUUGCUGAUAUUGGCAACACCGUCAAGUCACAAUAUUCUGGUGGAGUGUACAAGAUUGCUCAAUGGGCAGACAUUACCAAUGCCCAUGGUAUUACGGGAGCAGGGAUAGUCAAGGGGUUGAAAGAAGCAGCCUUGGAGACCACUAGUGAGCCUAGAGGAUUAUUGAUGUUGGCUGAGUUAUCAUCUAAGGGAUCAUUAGCAUAUGGUGAGUACACUGACAAGACCAUUGAUAUAGCCAAAACUGAUAAGGAGUUUGUUAUUGGGUUUAUAGCGCAACGUAGUGUUGAAUUUGAAGGGUUUGACUGGCUCGUUAUGACUCCCGGUGUUGGUUUAGAUGACAAGGGUGAUGCCUUGGGUCAACAAUAUAGAACUGUGGAUGAAGUUGUUCUGACUGGGACAGACAUCAUCAUUGUGGGUAGAGGAUUAUUUGGUAAAGGCAGAGAUCCUCAGGUUGAAGGUCAAAGAUAUAGAGAUGCUGGCUGGAAUGCUUAUUUGAAGAAAACUGGUAGAAUCUAA